GAAUCUGCGGUCACACUGCAACCAUAGCUGAAAAUUAGACCGAAAAAAAUUAAUGAAAUAAAUUAAUCAAUUAAUAUAAUGACGGAGUUGCUCAUUGACCCGGACAUUCGCGUGUGGGUUUUCUUGCCCAUAGUGCUGAUCACCUUUUUGGUGGGCAUAGUGCGGCACUAUGUCUCUAUUCUGAUAUCAACCCAAAAGAAGGCCGAAAUAACCCAAAUUCAGGACAGUCAAGCCAUGAUUCGCGCUCGCCUACUGCGGGAAAAUGGCAAAUACUUGAGCGCCCAGUCCUUCUCCAUGAGGAAAAACUACUUUAACAGCGAGGAAACAGGCUACUUCAAGACCCAGAAGCGCGCACCUGUGGCCCAGAACUCAUCUGCCAUGCUGACUGACAUGGUCAAAGGGAACUUCAUCAAUGUAUUGCCGAUGGUCGUCAUCGGAGGAUGGAUUAACUGGAUGUUCUCCGGUUUCGUGACCACCAAGGUGCCGUUUCCGCUAACCUUGCGUUUCAAGCCAAUGUUACAACGUGGAGUCGAGCUAGCUUCUCUGGAUGCUGCCUGGGUUUCAUCCGCCUCCUGGUACUUCCUCAACGUAUUCGGUCUGCGCUCCAUCUACACGCUAGUCCUGGGCGAGAACAACCACGCCGACCAGACUCAGGCACAGGCCGAUGCAAUGACAGGCGCUGCCAUGACCAUGCCGCAGGACCCCAAGGCAGCCUUCAAAGCGGAAUGGGAGGCGCUAGAGAUCACAGAGUACCACAAUGCCCUGAAAAACAUCGAUGCCGACAUGCUGAACAUCGUUGCCGCCUCAGAUCAAAGUGAAUGAGGACUUUUUCCCAAUUUAGAUGUCUUAGAAAAUUCCUAAUAUAACAAAAAAUAUUUUGUUUAAUUGUAGAGUAGAGUUUGGUUAAAAUAAACCAUUUUAUGUAUC